AUGUCGAACAGCCGUACGGUGGAGAUGAUAGAGGGCAGCGAUAAGUUCAACGAACAGUUCGUCACUGCAAUUCGCACCUUACGUCGCAUUGCGAUUUACAUGGGAAUUUGGCCAGAAAAAAAACAUGAGAAAUUGUGCAAUUUAUUGUGGUACUAUAAUUCGACAAAUUUGGUAUUUAUGAACUUCGGUUUAAUGUGUAACGCCAUCAGAGUAAGAGACGACAUGAAUAAAGUUAUUUCUACCAUAAGCGUAGCAAGUGGGGUAAUGUAUAUAAUGGUGAAGUGGUUUACAUUUUCUUCGCACAAGGUACUUAUCAGGAAACUGGUAUAUAUGAUGAACGAAGAUUGGACCAGCUUGGAAAACAACACUUUGAUUCCUGAAAGCGUACCAGAUUCGAAACGAUUAAUGUUAAAAUACUACCGAGUGUUAAAUAUAUACGUCUACACCGUCUUGACUGUAAUGGUUUGUGGAAAUGCAAAUUUCGUCAUCACUUUUGUUGUAGCCACAAAUCAUCGCGACAAUAAUACAGAUCUGGAUAACCUCUUGCCGGUGAUUCACAGCUGGUAUCCUGGUGUCGAUUACGAUCGAGCUUACAUCAUUGGGUUUUUGGCCGCUGCUCAAAUAAUGAGUAUGAUAGCAGUAAUUGUCGGAAACACUGUAGUCGACGGUUUCUUCGUUAUUACAGUUCUGAACACUACCGCUCAAAUCGAGAUUCUGGGAAUCUUUAUUGAACAAAUGAAAUAUAAUUCGCUGGAUCCCGAAUGCAACAAAACGAAUAUCCAAGAGGUGGUAAAGCGUCAUCAGGUGUUAUUGAGCGUGGCAAACAACAUACAAGAAUGUUUUGGUGCGAUAGCCUUCCAGCGCGUGUCUAUUUCUUUAGUCGGUAUCUGUUUCAGUGCACACGUAUUUCUUAGGGAAUUACAAAACGUUGGAGAAGGUAACGCGGCUGCACUGAAGUACGGGUUCACUUUUCUCGCGGCGCUCGGAAAUGUCUUCGCCUACUGUUCGGUUAGCGAUACUUUGGCCACUGAAAGUCUUGCUAUCGGAACGCAUGUCUACAAUUCGGAAUGGUAUAAUGCUACGUCUUCUGCCAAACUUUCAUUAUCAAUAUUAAUGAUUAAAGCAUCGCGACCGAUGAUAAUUACUGCAGCCAAAAUCUUUCCCCUCACGAUGGAAAAUUUCACAGUGAUCAUCAAAUCGAUCGCAUCAUAUAUUUCCGCACUACGAGCAUUCAGCGUGUCUCACGUCUAAAGAUAUUCGAGCAAACCGAUACAGACAUACCUACGUGACACGAGGUAAGCGAUGAAAACACACAUUU